CUGGUUUUUCAUCGAUUGUUAUGCUUCUCCCGUCAUGGAUACUCAUGCUCCAAGCUCGGGCUUUGAUAUCUCCACUUUGACGAAGGAUUGCUCCAAUCUCCUGGAAGAAUGGACUGGUAUGGCCAAAUCAAGAUCUGAAGCAGAGUUCGAAGUUGCUUCGAGCAUCAGAUUUCGGUUCAAUUUAUGGGCUCAAAACAAUGCAGCAUUGUCACGAGGGCUUGACUCGAUGGACCAGCGGUUAAGGAAAGCACCUGUGCUGCGAUGCAAGAUUAUAGACUUACUUGAGGACUUUGCUUCUAGCCUGCGAGGUUAGUCAAAUCAAGACCAAAGUUCUUCCUUGGAACACACGCUGAGCACAACCGGCUAGCACGGAAAGGUCCGUCAGGAAGUGCAGCCUCACAGAUUGUAUCAGAUAGCGACUUCAAUCUUUCACUGGACCGACUACCUCGAUUAUCUAGGGCCAUCAGACGGUCUGGUAUCUCACGCAGGCUUACGAGGCUUCUCAAUACAUCGAGGAAGAUCAGGGUGAGAUAGCCAAAGCAACAUCAGCCGAGUUCGAACGACUUGUGCGUCAUUACUUUGACUGGAAAAUAAAGGACGGUGGCUAUGAAGCCCUCAAAGACAGUCCACUCAAAGAGCGUCUCGUAAAGACCAUCAGUCUUCGACAGAAUUAUUUCGAAUAUCUCACCUCACAGCGAGCUUCC